CUUCCUGUGGGGCCUCCUCUAAGUCCUGAGCUCUCAGUUCCCGAGAGAAGAACCCCGAGGAGCAGCCUUUCCCCGGCGGGCCCUGGCACCUGCACCCGACAUGCUGCUGCUGCUGCUGGCCCUGCUCUGGGGGAGGGCGGGGGUGGAGGGACGGGGAGGGCACCGGGAAGGUUAUGCGCUGCAAAUGCAGAGGGUGGUGACCGUGCAGGAGGGCCUGUGUGUCCAUGUGCCCUGCUCCUUCUCCUACCCCCGGGACGGCUGGAACGACUCUGACCCAGUUAACGGCUCCUGGUUCUGGGAACGGGCAGAUAUAGGCCGAGAUGCUCCAGUGGCCACAAACGACCCAGCUAGGACAGUGCAAGGGGAGACCCAGGGCCGAUUCCUCCUCCUGGGGGAUCCCAGGGGGAACAACUGCUCCCUGAGCAUCAGAGACACCACAAGGAGGGAUCAGGGGUUAUACUUUUUUCGGGUGGAGCGAGGAAGGAUGAAAUGGAGCUAUGUACAUAACAAACUCUUUGUGCACGUGACAGCCCUGACCCACAGGCCUGACAUCAUCACCCUGGAGACCCUGGCAUCUGGCCGCCCCACGAACCUGACCUGCUCUGUGCCCUGGGCCUGUGAGCAGGGGACGCCCCCCAGGAUCUCCUGGGAGUUCUGGGAGGGGGCUUCUGCGGCUCCCCAGGCCCCCACCAUCGGCCGCUCCAAGGUGCUCACCCUCAUCCCUCAGCCCCAGGACCACGGCACCAGCCUCACCUGCCAGGUGACCUUGCCUGGGGCCGGUGUGACUGGAAGGAGGACCGUCCACCUCAACGUGUCCUACUCUCCUCAGAACUUGACCGUGACUGUCAUCCGAGGAGACGGCUCAGCACCCACUGCCCUUGAGAACGGCUCAUCUGUGUCAGUCCUGGAGGGCCAGUCCCUGCGCCUGGUCUGUGCUGUCAACAGCAACCCCCCCGCCAGGCUGAGCUGGACCCGGGGGAGCCUGACCCUGUACCCCUCACACCCCUCAAGCCCUCUUUUGCUGGAUCUGCCUCAAGUGCACCUCAGGGAUGAAGGAGAAUUCACCUGCCGAGCUCAGAACACUCUGGGCUCCCAGCACGUCUCCCUGAGCCUCUCCCUGCAGAACAAAGUGCGGCCUGUCUCAGGGGUGACGCUGGGGGCUGUCUGGGGAGCUGGAGCCACAGCCCUGGUCUUCCUGUCCUUCUGCGUCAUCUUCAUCGCUGUGAGGUCCCACAGGAGGAAGGCGGCAAGAGCAGCAGCCAGCAUGGGGGACACAGGUGUGGAGGAGGCAGACGCUAUCAGGGUCCCAGACUCUCCGGUGUCCCCGAUUGAAGCCCAGGCAGACGACAGCCCCCCAGACCAGGCUGCCCGAGCUGCAGCUGCCCCCUUCUCAGGGCAGGAAGAAGAGGUGCAGUAUGCAUCCCUCAGCUUCCAGAAGAGGAAGCCUCAGGACCCUCCAGAACAGUAGGCCACAGGCAAUGAGUACUUAGAGAUCACGAUCCACAAGUGAGAAACUGUGAAGACUGUUCCCUGGUUGAGGGAUCCCGUCCCCUCUUGGCAAAGGAGACAUCAGAGGCUGAUUCCUGCAGAAUCAAAGCCCUCUAUAGCCCCAUGCUGUGCAGCAGAACCCCAGAGCUUAUUAUUCCUGUGAAACUGAAACCUUGUACCCAUUGACCACUGUCUUCCCUUUCUCUGUCCACCUCGGCCCUGCCUCCCAGCUUAUGAUAUCCACUAUUCUACUUUCUACUUCUGUGAGUUAGACUGUUAGAGAUUCCAUGUGUGAGAUCAAAAGGUAUUUGUCUCUCUCUGUGCUUGGCUUAUUUCCCUUAACAUAAUGUCCUUCAGUUUCAUCCAUGCUGUCUCAAAUGAGAGAUUAAUGUAUAUUUCAAAACAGCUAAAAGACAGGAUUAUAAAUGUUCUUAGCAAAAAGAAAAGAUAAUAGUUGAGUUAAUGUUAAGAAAUGGAACUGGGUCCAUCUCCCCCCACACAAUGUAAAGCCAAACGUGGAAGCACAAGCUUUUUGCAGCAAGAAAGGUUUAUUUCCAGCCAGCCGAACAAGGAGACAAGAGUCAGGCUCAAAUCUGUACCCCUGAGUGGGGGUUACGACAGGUUUUGUAGUCUGAGGGUAAUGAGGCGUGAUAGGAACCUGCCAUGGGGGUGACGCCAAAGCACAAUGUGAUUGGAACCUGGAUCCUUCCAUGUGUUGUGCGCUACUGAAUUCAGUCCCCACUCCUUGGUCCAAGCACUUAGGUUCCGUCUGUGGUUGCAUGCUCAGGGCAAACUGAGGGUACGUGACCUUCAAACUGGGGGUCAGUGGCAACUGCAAAACAAAUCAAAACUUUGUUACAUAAAAUUUGAACCAGAUUGAUCUGACGCAGUUUCAGUGAUGGAUAAACUCAUUCUCCUGACCUGAUCAUUCCACAAGGUGUACGUGUAUGGAAACCUCACUGUGGCUGGCUCAAGGCCACUCAGCUAGCCAGGGCAGGGCUGGAAUUUAAACCCCACCUGAUUCUGAGGUCUCUGCUCUCAUCUAACAUUUAGUCAAACAACCAGCAGGCCAGGCACCCUUUGGCCAUAAAUUAGCAGGAAAUUUUAUCUUUGCGUAGAGUUGAUGUGUACAUGAGGACCUUAUUAAAUUCAAUUCUUAAUUCUGUAA